AUUCCCAUGGCCCGGGCUCCGGUAUCCAACCUGCUGCCGCCGCGGCCGGGCCAAGCGCAGCGGGUGCCGCGCUCAGAGCACACGCUCGCGCUCCAGCUCCUGGCCUCCGUUGUUCAUGACCGUGUCCUCCGAUCGCAGCCUCCGCCAGCCUCAGGCUCGCUGUCUGCUCCCCGCUGCUGCGAGGGCGCCUGAGCGAAGGAAGGCAGGCGCCGUGUGCGCGCAGCCCAGCCCGCGACCCUUGCCCGCUGCAGGCUCCCCGGGCCGCUUGGCACCAUGCUGCGUACGCGCUGCGUCCGCCUGCUCACGCCCCACUUGCUGCUCGUGUUGGUGCAGCUGUCCUCAGCUGGCGGCCACCGCACCACGGGCCCCAGGUUUCUGAUAAGUGACCGUGACCCCCAGUGCAACAUCCACUGUUCCAGGACCCAACCCAAACCCAUCUGUGCCUCUGACGGCAGGUCCUAUGAGUCUAUGUGUGAGUACCAGCGAGCCAAGUGCCGAGACCCGACCCUAGGUGUGGUCCAUCGAGGUAAAUGCAAAGAUGCUGGCCAGAGCAAGUGUCGCCUGGAGCGGGCUCAAGCCCUGGAGCAGGCCAAGAAGCCUCAGGAAGCUGUGUUUGUCCCAGAAUGUGGCGAAGAUGGCUCCUUUACCCAGGUGCAGUGUCAUACUUACACAGGGUACUGUUGGUGUGUCACCCCAGAUGGGAAGCCAAUCAGUGGCUCUUCUGUGCAGAAUAAAACUCCUGUAUGUUCAGGUUCAGUCACCGACAAGCCCUUGAGCCAGGGUAACUCAGGAAGGAAAGAUGACGGCUCUAAACCAACACCCACAAUGGAGACCCAGCCCAUGUUCGAUGGAGAUGAAAUCACAGCUCCCACCCUAUGGAUUAAGCACUUAGUAAUCAAGGACUCCAAACUGAACAACACCAAUGUAAGAAAUUCAGAGAAAGUCCACUCUUGUGACCAGGAGAGGCAGAGUGCCCUGGAAGAGGCUCAGCAGAAUCCCCGUGAGGGGAUUGUCAUUCCUGAGUGUGCCCCUGGGGGACUGUAUAAGCCAGUGCAAUGCCACCAGUCCACUGGAUACUGCUGGUGUGUGCUGGUGGACACAGGGCGCCCACUGCCUGGAACCUCCACGCGCUAUGUGAUGCCCAGUUGUGAGAGUGACGCCAGAGCCAAGAGCACAGAGGUGGACGACCCCUUUAAGGACAGGGAGCUACCAGGCUGUCCAGAAGGGAAGAAAAUGGAAUUUAUCACCAGCCUACUGGAUGCUCUCACCACCGACAUGGUUCAGGCCAUUAACUCAGCAGCGCCCACUGGAGGUGGGAGGUUCUCAGAGCCAGACCCCAGCCAUACCCUGGAGGAGCGUGUGGUUCACUGGUAUUUCAGCCAGUUGGACAGCAACAGCAGCAAUGACAUUAACAAGCGGGAGAUGAAACCCUUCAAGCGCUACGUGAAGAAGAAAGCCAAGCCCAAGAAAUGUGCUCGACGUUUUACUGACUACUGUGACCUGAACAAGGACAAGGUCAUCUCACUGCCCGAGCUGAAAGGCUGCCUGGGUGUUAGCAAAGAAGUAGGACGCCUUGUCUAAGGAGCAGAAUAUCAAAAGGCAGAUGGAGAGUCCAUGGAAACAGGAUGGACCAUGAGACACCUAGCCUUCAGUGCUGCCCACAGCCCAGCUACAUCCCGUGUAACAUAAGCAAUGCCCACCAUGUUUGCACUUUUAAUAACUCUUAUUUGUGUGUUUUGUUUUGGUUUCAUUUCUAAACACAAGUAUCUAAUACCACAGUGGAAAAACGAAAGGAAAAGACUGUUUAUUUUAUCUCUUAUUGUAAGUUUUUGGAUCUGCUACUGACAACUUUUAGGUUAUUUGGGGGGAGGGAUGUUGUUGGGAUUGAGAAGAAAGAGAUUUAUAUACUGUAUAUAAAUAUAUAUGUAAAUUGUAUAGUUCUUUUGUACAGG